AAAAUGGCAAAGCUGCCUCAAAUUCUAGUUUGUGUUCUUCUUGUUCUUGGAUUUGCAUUGACAAGCUCCGCCACAGUUUACACAGUUGGGGACACCUCCGGCUGGGACAUAAGCACUGACCUCAAUUCAUGGUCCAACAACAAGACAUUCAAAGUUGGCGAUGCGCUAUCUUUUCAGUACUCAUCAUCUAACAGUGUGAGUCAAGUGACCAAAGAAAGUUUUGAUGUUUGCAACACAACAAAAGUUAUAAAGACAUAUACGGGAGGAAACACAACAGUUACAUUGACAAAACCUGGUGACUGGUACUUUGUGAGUGGGAGCAAGCUGUAUUGUUUGGGAGGGAUGAAGAUCGUAGCAGAAGUAGAAAACAACCAGGCUUAUGAGCCGGCCGGGGCGCCAGAGGCAGGAACUGGUUCCCGCCAAGGGGAUCUUCCAAACCCUACUACUAAGAGCAACAGUCCCACCUCAUCUGCUUUCAUCAACUGUGGACCUAAUGCCUUUGUGCUGGCCAUCUUUGGUCUUAUUGCUGUCACGCUAUAUAUGGAAGUGACAAUUUGAGAUUUUGUAUUUGUGAUGAAAUUAUAUUGACAAUUUGAGUUUUGUAUUUGUAUUUGUGAUGAAAUUAUAUACAUAUUAGUAUAUUACAUA